UACCAAAAUUGAAAGCCUUCUUCAUUUACCCCCACUACCUUCCCCCACCCAAACCAAAAAAAAAAAAAAAAACCAACCAACCAAACCGUGAAGCUUCGUUCAGAUUCAGCCAUGGAUGAAAUUAUUGCUCGAAUAGUUACAAAUCUUGAAACUCAGUUACCGGUUUCACUGUCUUUUCUGAGAGAUUUAGAAACCCUGUUGGAUUUCACUCUGAACACCAACGAUACAAUUGAUCUUGACAAUUUUUACAAUGAACUGUCUUCUAGAAAUCUUUCACUUAGUUUACUCACGAACGCGAUUUCUUCAGCCAUGGAUUCUGGGCUCAGCUCCAGGAAUUCCAUUUUGGCCUCAAAAGUUUAUCUAUCACUCCUUUUAUCCCCAAAUGCCCCAGUUUUUACUCUGUUCACUCCCAUGGCUUUUCUGAGUCUCCUUCGCGCAAUACGCUUGGCCAUUAAAAGGCCUUCUUUUGCUUCUGGGGAAGGGUCUGUGCCUCCAAGCCUAGGUCGAAAGAAGAGGGGACGGAGAAAUAUUGGGGGGAAUAAGAACAGGGUGGAGAACAGAGACAGUGUUGAGAGUGAGGCGGAAGAAGGCGGUUAUGAUGUGAAAGAUUUGUUCUUUUUGCUUGAUAAGUUGGAAAUGGUAAUGGGUUUGGUCCAUUUGAACCGGUUUCCUGAUUGUUUAAAGGCUUUGGUUCAGACUGUGUGUGAGAUUCCAACGACGGCUGUUGAGUUCUGGGGAAAUUUAGCUAGUUUCAGGAAGUUAUGUGAAUUGUGUGCACGGGUUUUGAGUGAGGCAUUGAAAGCUGAGCAUGGGAAGCAGGAGGAUACUGCUGCUGUAGUAUUGAAGGCACUAGCCCCACUGAUUUUGUUGUCUAAAUCGCAGGUCAGGAGCUUUGCACUGGGUUUUGUGGUUAAUGAUAUGGUGGGAAUGUGUGAAAGUUCUUCCGACAUUAAGAUGGCAGUUGCGAACAUGCCAAAGUAUUUAGUGCAGAGAGCCCCAGAUAAGUCUGAACCAAGGGCAUUAGCUGUUGAUUCUAUCAUGGAGAUUGUUAAGGCUUUGGAUUUUGAGUAUCAAGGUGAAUUUGCUGAUUACAUCAUAAAGAUGACUCAAGGGAAGGGGCAGUUUAGGCUUUUGGCAGUUGAUUUAGUUCCUGUUUUUAUAACGUCUCUGAGGAGUCCUUUAGGAUUUGAUAUGGUUGAUGCAGUUGAGAGUUCAUGGGGUACGAGACUAUUAGAAGCAUUGGUUCAGCGCUGCUCUGAUUUGACAGCUGCAAUUAGAGCUAGAGCUUUAACAAAUUUAGCUCAGGUAGUGGUGUCCUUGUCGGGGAAUGAGAAAAGUAGAACAGUGUUAAAAGAAGUGAUGGGAUUUGGGUAUGAGGGGACAGAUGGGAUUAACAAAAUUCUGAAACUAUGUUGUAUGGAUGAGAAGGCUGCAGUUAGAAAGGCAGCCCUUUUAUUGAUAUCUAAAUUGACAGCACAUCUAGGAGGUGAACUCGAUGAAGAACUGCUAAAGACAGUAGGCAUGGCUUGUUCUGAUCCACUUGUUAGCAUCAGAAAAAUGGCAAUCUCAGCUCUAUCUGAGGCCUUCAGGACAUACUCAAGUAGCCUUGUGACCAGGGUAUGGAUGCAUUCCAUACCACGUUUAAUAAGUGAUAAUGAAACUAGCAUCCAAGAAGAAUGCGAGAAACUAUUUUCGGAACUAGUUCUUGCUCGCAUAUCAAGGGCUGGAUUGAGUUGUUCAGCAAAUUAUGACUGUUUUCCUCGUGAUACAAAUAGCAAAGGGAACUACUUGGAUACAGAAGCUGAGUUGUUAUAUCCAGAGGGACUCCUACCCCUGCUGAAAGAGAUUUCUGAUGGAGAAGUGUCACCUUGGGUGAAGAAGAUAUGUUUAAGCCUGGGGAGAAAGAAAAAACUCCAGACAAAGAUUGCUACUGCACUUCAAAGUGUCAUCAGGACAUCUGAAUCCCUUUGGUUGAACCAUUCUAUGUCAAUAGAGAAAUGGACAGCACCUGCUGGUGCCUGGUUUUUGUUGUCAGAAGUAUCUGCCUUCCUUCCAAAAGCAGUUGACUGGGAGUUCCUCCAUCAUCAUUGGUUGCUUCUUGACAAGUAUAAACCAGUUAGCGAACUCCAGAGCCCUUCUCAACAGGGAUUUGUGGAUGAAGAAAAGGUUGACGUAGAACCUAGCUCUGUUGCUUGGGUGGGAGACCGUGUCUUUCUAUUGCAGACCAUUUCUAAUGUAGCCAUGGAACUGCCCCCUGAGCCUGCAGCGGAUCUAGCACAAAACUUCCUCAAACGACUUGAAGGAUUCAACAUGCAUUCAACUGAGGUCAAUGCUCAUGUGAAAGCACUCAGAACCUUGUGCAAACGGAAGGCUCUAAAUUCAGAGGAGGCCAAUUCCCUUGUAAUGAGAUGGGUGAACCAGCUUCAAUCUAAAGCUUCCCAAGUUUUAGACUUGUAUAUGUCAAAAAUCUCUGAUGCCAAUAAAGAGAACGCUCUUCUUACACCCCAGACCACUGUAAGUUGGAAAGAACGAAGAACAGCAGACUCUGUGUCGAAAUUAUUAGCACAAGCAAUUAUUGCCAUUUACACCAUUGGGUCAUUAGUUAUUGUCUGCCCUUCAGUCAAUUUAAAAACUAUUGUUCCGACCAUACACACCAUCAUCACUUCUCGAAAUUCUGAUCCAAAAUCUAGCAAACUACCUGGCCUUGCCGCGUCUGUAAAACAGAGUGCCCCAUCCUUGUAUAUUCAGGCCUGGCUAACCAUGGGCAAGAUCUGCUUAGUUGAUGCGAAACUUGCAAAGCGUUAUCUUCCUCUCUUCGUGCAGGAACUUGAAAAGAGUGACUGCGCUGCAAUCCGGAAUAACAUUGUGGUAAUGAUGGCAGAUUUCUGUGUGCGGUACACUGCUAUGGUUGACUGUUACAUGUCAAAGAUCACAAAAUGUCUGCGUGAUCCGUGUGAGCUAGUAAGAAGGCAGACAUUUAUCCUACUUUCCAGGCUGUUACAGCGGGAUUAUGUAAAGUGGAGAGGAGUGCUUUUCCUCAGAUUUCUGUUGUGUUUAGUUGAUGACUCAGAUAAAAUUAGGCAACUAGCUGAUUUCCUCUUUGGGAAUAUCUUAAAAGCAAAGGCCCCACUUUUAGCUUACAACAGUUUUGUGGAAGCGAUUUUUGUUUUGAAUGACUGCAAUGCACACACAGGACAUAGCAACUCCAACAGUUCAUGCAAUGAAAAGUGUCUUUUCUCAAUUAGAGGAAACGAUGAGAACUCAAGGUCUCAAAGGAUGCACAUCUAUUCCACUUUGCUGAAACAAAUGGCUCAGGAGCACCUCUUGGCCACCUUUGCAAAAGUAUGUGCUGAGAUUCUUGCUGCUGCAUCAGAUGGUAUGCUCUCUCUAGAGGAUUCUGCAGGGCAGUCAGUUCUACAGGAUGCCUUGCUUAUUCUCUCCAGCAAAGAGAUUCGAAUUCAAUCAAACCAGGGAUCAUCAUCCGAUGCAGCAGAUAUCGAAGAAGGUGGAGACUGUGGAGCGCUGACAGCAGCCUCCAAAGGAAGAGCCAUAACUCAGGCAGUCAGGAAAGGCCUGAUCCAGAAUGCCAUCCCCAUAUUUAUCGAGUUAAAACGUCUCUUAGAGAGUAAAAACAGCCCUCUCAUUGGUUCCCUCAUGGAUUGCCUCAGGAUCCUCCUCAAGGAUUACAAGAAUGAGAUUGAUGAUAUCUUAGUUGCUGAUCGGCAACUUCAGAAAGAACUCUUAUACGACAUGCAAAAAUAUGAAUCCAUGAAAGCCAAGAACUCGGCUGUUGAUGCAGUUGCAACAAUGCAGAGAUCAGAGGCACAUCGAUCGCCAUGUGUGACAAAAGAGCCAAGUUCCAAUACAGUAAAGGGUAAGCUGCCCAAAGAGCUUCACAGUAAUUCCAAAGUGGCUUCGGCUGUGGCAGAUGCAGUGGCAGCAGUCACUGCCCGGUCUGUCCUCAGAGAAAUAAACAAGGGUGCAUCAACGCCUCUUAGUGCAAUGAGUGUGCCCAAGCUUAAGUCUCGGACUGGGCAACAGCCUGGAAUAGCCACCACCGGAGGAGGCAGGCCGACAGAGUUGAUAGAAUCUUUAAGAAGAAGGCAAUCUUUCGACUCUGACGACGAUAACUGAUUCUUCUUCUCCUGCACUUAAACUAACCCAAGAUGCAGAAAGACCGGGAGAUAGAUGAACUAGAGCUGUACAAGAAUGUACAAUAUAGUGUGAGAGUGUGUACAAAGAAUGACUAUUUAACCAUUAUUUUUGCAACUUGUAACCUGUUGUAUGCUUGUGAAAGUUAUCUCCAUAUCAGAUAUGUUAUUGAAAUCUA